CGAGAGGGCCACCAUGGAACCUCGCGCAUCUUCGAGGCUAGCGGAGCUACGGGGCGGUCGCUGAGACGCGGGCAUCCGCCUCCGCCGCACAUCCCGGUCUGGCCUUUGCCGGGGCCUCCCCUCGCCGCCACCUCCCCCUUCCAGAUCCGCCUUCCUCCCCUCUCCGGCCCGGCCGGUCCCGGCGAAGUCGCCUCCGCCAUGUCAGUGCUGGGCGAGUACGAGCGACACUGCGACUCCAUCAACUCCGACUUCGGGAGCGAGUCCGGCGGCGGCUCAGUAUCCAGCCCCGGCCCCGGCUCGGCCGCCCGUCCCAGCGGCGGCUUCCCGAUGGAGCAGGAGGAGUUGCAUUACAUCCCCAUCCGCGUCCUGGGCCGGGGCGCCUUCGGGGAGGCCACGCUGUACCGUCGCACCGAGGAUGACUCAUUGGUUGUGUGGAAGGAAGUUGAUUUGACCCGAUUGUCUGAGAAAGAACGUCGUGAUGCCUUGAACGAAAUUGUUAUUCUGGCUCUGCUACAACAUGACAACAUUAUUGCCUACUACAAUCACUUCAUGGACAACAACACCUUGCUGAUUGAACUAGAGUAUUGUAACGGAGGAAACCUAUAUGAUAAAAUCCUGCGUCAGAAGGACAAAUUGUUUGAGGAAGAGAUGGUGAUCUGGUACCUGUUUCAGAUUGUAUCAGCAGUGAGUUGCAUCCACAGAGCUGGGAUACUGCAUAGAGAUAUAAAAACUUUAAAUAUUUUCCUAACUAAGGCAAACUUAAUAAAACUUGGAGAUUAUGGGCUGGCAAAGAAACUUAAUUCUGAGUACUCCAUGGCUGAAACCCUUGUGGGAACCCCAUACUACAUGUCUCCAGAACUCUGCCAGGGGGUGAAGUACAACUUCAAGUCUGAUAUCUGGGCAGUCGGCUGUGUUAUUUUUGAGCUGCUCACUCUGAAGAGGACCUUUGAUGCAACAAAUCCUCUUAAUCUGUGCGUGAAGAUUGUGCAAGGGAUCCGUGCCAUGGAAGUAGAUUCCAGCCAAUAUUCUUUAGAGUUGAUCCAGAUGGUUCAUUCAUGCCUUGAUCAGGACCCUGAGAAGAGGCCCACUGCUGAUGAACUUCUGGAUUGUCCACUUCUCAGUAAGCGCCGGAGGGAGAUGGAGGAAAAAGUCAUACUGCUUAAUGGGCCAACAAGGAGACCAAGGUCAAGUACUGUGAACGAGACUCCCAUUGCGGUGGUAACAUCACGGACCAGUGAGGUUUAUGUUUGGGGAGGUGGAAAAUCUACUCCCCAGAAGCUAGAUGUCAUCAAGAGUGGAUGUAGUGCCCGGCAGGUGUGUGCAGGCAAUACUCACUUUGCUGUGGUGACAGUGGAGAAGGAGUUAUACACCUGGGUGAACAUGCAAGGGGGCACUAAACUUCAUGGGCAGCUGGGCCACGGAGACAAAGCUUCCUAUCGACAGCCAAAGCAUGUGGAAAAGUUGCAAGGCAAAGCUAUCCAUCAGGUGUCUUGUGGAGAUGACUUUACCGUAUGUGUCACAGAUGAAGGUCAGCUUUAUGCCUUUGGAUCAGAUUAUUAUGGUUGCAUGGGUGUAGACAAGGUUGCUGGGCCUGAGGUACUAGAACCCAUGCAGGUGGACUUCUUCCUUAACAAUCCAGUGGAACAAGUCUCCUGUGGAGAUAAUCAUGUGGCAGUUCUGACACGAAAUAAGGAAGUCUAUUCAUGGGGCUGUGGAGAAUAUGGACGACUAGGUUUGGAUUCAGAAGAAGAUUAUUACACACCACAGAAGGUAGAUGUACCUAAGGCCUUGAUUAUUGUCUCAGUUCAAUGCAGCUGUGAUGGAACGUUUCUUCUAACACAGUCAGGCAAAGUGCUGGCAUGUGGACUCAACGAAUUCAACAAACUGGGCCUGAACCAGUGCAUGUCUGGCAUCAUCAACCACGACGCUUACCAUGAAGUUCCCUACACAACCUCAUUUACUCUGGCCAAGCAAUUGUCAUUUUACAAGAUCCGAACCAUUGCCCCAGGAAAGACUCACACUGCAGCUAUUGAUGAACGGGGUCGCCUGUUGACCUUUGGCUGCAACAAGUGUGGCCAACUUGGAGUGGGAAAUUAUAAGAAGCGCCUAGGAAUUAAUCUGUUGGGGGGACCCCUUGGUGGGAAGCAGGUGAUCAGAGUCUCUUGUGGUGAUGAAUUUACUAUCGCUGCUACUGAUGAUAAUCACAUUUUUGCUUGGGGGAAUGGUGGGAACGGCCGCUUAGCAAUGACUCCCACAGAGAGACCUCAUGGCUCUGAUAUAUGUACCUCAUGGCCUCGGCCUAUUUUUGGAUCUCUGCAUCACAUCCCAGAUCUCUCUUGCCGUGGCUGGCACACCAUUCUCAUUGUCGAGAAAGUACUGAAUUCUAAGACCAUCCGUUCUAAUAGCAGUGGCUUGUCAAUAGGAACUGUGGCUCAGAACUCCACCCAAGAAAGAGGGGGUGGAGAAGAGGUAGAGAGCCAGCAGGCAUCUGAGACCCCUGAUCCAAGUGGAGGCUUCCGAGGAACAAUGGAGGCAGACCGAGGAAUAGGGGAUUUAAUCAGUCCAACUGAGGCCAUGGGAAUCAGUAGUGUGGGCAACAGUUCCUGCCCUGGCUGGCUGCGCAAGGAGUUAGAAAAUGCAGAAUUCAUCCCCAUGCCUGACAGCCCCUCACCCCUGAGUGCAGCUUUUUCAGAGCCUGAGAAAGAUACUCUGCCCUAUGAGGAGCUGCAAGGACUCAAAGCAGCCUCUGAAGCACCUGCAGAAUGCAACAAGUCUACAAGAGAAGCCUGGCUCCCCCGGCUUAAUCCAACACUAGGAUGUGCUGGGAAGGGAACACCAUUGGCUGCUGCCUGUGUUUGUAGCAGCCUGCAGGUGGAGGUGGAGCGGCUGGAAGGUCUGGUGUUAAAAUGUUUGGCUGAACAGCAGAGACUCCAGCAGGAGAAUCUCAAAAUUUGGACACAGCUCCAAAGGCUCAACAAGGAGACAGGAAGAGUGCAAAAGUUGGAGACUCAUUCCAAAGGAACUCAGACAGCAAAGGAAGAGAUGGAAACAGAUUCAAAGCCAGACUUGGAUUCAGAUUCUUGGUGCCUUUUGGGAACAGAUUCCUGUCGGUCCAGCCUUUAGUUUCCUGAUCCCAUACAUCCCCAGUAAGAUGGGAUCCCUGCAACUUCACAGCACACUUACUGAAUGCAGAGAACGGCUUUUCCGGCUUCGUUUCAGCUGCUGACAAGGAGCAAAGCAGGAGGCUCUGAAGUGCCUCUAGAGUACAGAUGGAGGGAAGCAUCUCCUUUUAGAUAGGAACUAGGAGUGUUUAUCGUUUGUUUUGUUUUAUUUUUUGAGGGGGAAGGGCCCUGUGGCCCUGGCUUUGCCGCAGCAACAGCAGCUCUGUACCUCACCCGUUGAUCCCACCUUUAAAGAAGAGAAAUAGCCCUGCCAUGCUAUUUGCACUGGUAGCAGCUUAUACCCAUUUAUAAUUUUCACCACUGCUGCCUUGGGAACUCGACACCAGUCACUGUACUUCUGGGUGGAGGAGGGGAAAGUGAAAAGCUUGAGAGAGCUUGUUAGGAGCUGGCUGGCUGUAACAGAGCCCUAGUUCUGCCAGCUUAAAAGAUGGCAACGUGUUCUAUGCCGUCUCAGAGACAGAGUCUGAGGAAAAGACAUUUUGCAGACUAGUUUUUGGCCUAUUUUCAUAGAAUUGAAACUCAUAUGCAGCUAAAUAUUGGAGGAAAAGAGGGUCUAGAUGGAUAUUGUUCUAGAAGGUGACUGGGAUUUCUCCAGUGAGAAUUAGAGAAAGAAGGGCAGGCCUCUCCUUAUUACAUAGCCGUACUCUUGGUGCAUGAUGCUGGAGCUUCUGCACUAUUGAUGAGGCAGGGAGAGAUUUCAUAGCCUUGAAAAGGGACCUCCUGAAGUGAUGUUAACUUCUUUGAAUAUUGAAAACAUUGGAGAAGUGAGAGUCUCCUCAAGACUAAGUCACAAGGGAAAGAGGUCUUCUAAUGAUACUGUCCUCAGCAGCUGUGCUUGGCUUCUUAGAGGCUGCCGAUGACUGCCAUGGCCCCUUCUUUUAUGAGAAGGCCUUUCUCUGCUUCUGCCUUCACCGCUUGUUUUUGUUCUAAUCUUAGCACUAGUAGUACUAGCCACUGUUGUUCUGUGUCUAGUCAAUAUUUUUUUUCCCUUUGCUUCUAAUGAAGCCAUGUAGUAGCCAGUGAAUCUGUAUCUUUUCCUUAUUAUGGCUCUUAGCCAGCACCAAGGUUCCUUGAAUAUAUAACAGACUGUAUAGAAUUUAGGAAAUGGAAGAGAUGACCCUUUUGUCUAUCGUGCCAUUGUAAGGGGGAGCAGACCACCUUUCUCAGAAAGAGUUAAUUGUCUUCUUUAUUCCUGAACCCCAGAUCUUAAACCCCAUAGGUUGUAUACUAUGAGUACCUGCUUUCCUUUAAAGGUAUGAACUUUAUGUUUCAGUUUAUGAAAAAUGAAGUGUCUUGAUUUCACAAGUGCUUGCUUUGGGUUUCAUAUCUACCUCCCUGCAAACAGCCGAGUUGUUUUGUUGUUCAUUUUCCCUAAACAAAAAGAUGGGAUUUUAGUUUUGUUUGGGGUUGUGAGAUGGAUUUGCUACCUUCCUAGGCAUAUUAUCCUAAUCUUUUGGAACGGAUAUUAAGACUAGAGCUUGGAAAACCCCAUGGCUGGGGUUGGGAGUUUGGAGGGAGGGAGCAGCUGUCUUUCUGUAUUGUGUUCCCGUUGUCUUCACGGUUAGGGGAAACCAAUUAUAGUAGUACUAAUGUAAUCAAUGUAGCCUUUGAAUAAGGAAGAAGCCAGUCCCAGAUUAAGAAUAUAAAUUCUAGGAACUUGGGGUUUUGCUAAUAAUAACAACAACAACUUAGUGUGUUUUGUUUUAUCAUAUAAAUGCAGCUUUGACUUCUGAGGGCUGAUGGACCUUGCUCCUGUAACCUUCACGUUCACUGUCUCAGCAGGACUGGGAGGUGAGGUUCGUUUGGGUAUAAACCAUGAGCAUUGCUCCUGAGGGGGACAUGAAGGAAUUUGUCACGUUGCUAAGACUGUGAGAUGGAAGUGAGCAUCAAAGGGGAAAGAGGCCUACUCUUAACUCUGACAGCAAGUGAUUUGCUAACAGCACAACACUGGUCAUUUUCUGUAUUAUGUUGCCUUUGAGAAGCCUUAAUUUCCUGUUCACCUGGCUGAGAAUUCAAGUUCUGUGCCUUUAAAGACAAUUUACACUUAGCCAAGAUAGGCCUGGGAGAACCUGAUGAUUUUCAUGCCAAGCAGCUAUGCAAACAGAAACCAGUUCAGAGCUGGCAGCCAUGCAUUGGAUGACACGCAGAGGGCACAUAGGCAGAAGUGCCUUUGAAUGGUUCUUGUUUUCAACCCCCUUUUAUUUUGUCCUGUUUUAUUUUUCUUCUUUCAGGACUAGUUUUGUAUUCAUUAAGCUUCCCAGUAGUAUUGCUUUUGAGUUAUAAUAUAACCUGAUUAAAACCUCUGCUCCGACACUUUAAAAGAACUAGCUUGUUGUUAGCCUCAUGUUUGAAACGUUAAGGGUGGACUGAUUUGGCAUUUGUUUAAAUAAAUAUAUAAACUCUUAAA